CAUACUACGUCGCCAAAGUGCCGGAAUAUUCAUUUUUUUAUUUUCCUUACAUGCGUGUUCGGACUCUAAUUUUUUAGGUUUAGUUCUCCCGUUUCGCCACUAGAUGGACGCCAAUUUUUUAGUCCAUAAACUGCACUAUUUGUAUAUGCAAUACUUUGUAGUUUUAUAUCUUUUGUUAUUCUGUCAAUAGAAUAAUAGUAUUAAAUUGAAAAAACAAUUGACGAUGUUUUUAUCUGUCGAAAGUUUAAUGCACUAAAGGUUAUAAAUAAAAAGAUUCAAAAGAAAUUAACGAACAUGUCGGAGACGGUGGAGACUCGAAGCGUGUCCAGCAAAACGACAAAUGAUUCAACAAAUCGAUCGGAACUUAAUGAACUACUCAAAAAGCGAAAUGCUUUUAGGUUACAAGUGGAUUGGGAGCAAAAUAUUCGAAAUUUAGUGACGCCUAGCCUUCGAAAUAAAUAUGCGGAUAUCUUUGAGGAUCAAAUGGAAGAAACGAAGAAACGUUAUUACGAAGCGAUGCACGAUUCGGUAUUGAAACGAGUGGUCGCGAUCGAAUGUCAAGAACCGUGCAACGAGGGUUUGAAAGGGAUCCCGCCAUUUAAGCUAGCUGGCCGAACACACCUGUAUCAUAAGUUUCUGAGAAAUCGCUGCACGGUAGAGAGACAUUAUUAUUUACCUCACAGAUUGAUGAGGAACAUAGUUGCCAGGACGUACACCUUGAUGCCACGAUGGAUCUGCGAUUUUGGACGCUAUCGGAAUCUCGGUUACCUCGAUUUUAACAGGUUCUUGGAUUUGGUGGAGGCAGAUACGAAAAAAGGCGCGCUCGCGGUAUGCAGUACCUACUACGGUGACAUCGUGCGACUGAUUUCUCAACCGCGAUACCUUUACGACGUACCCUCAGCAUCGAUGCGAGCUUUCCUCGAUUGUGCCAAUAAUCUACUCAGUCUUCAAGUGGUUACGUGCAUGAUAAACACCAUUGAAUAUCUCCUCGAAAUCUUGAAGGACUGGCAAACUGUACCAUUGCUAAAAUUGCAACUGAAAUGCGAGAACAACGAGCUGUUUCUUAGUCCAACAAUGGAAGAAAUUUACAUGGCGUUCCACACUAUCGUGGAUAACAUCAGUAACAUCGGACAGCAAUUACCGCCACUAGAUUCUUGGGUUAACGUGAAAACCGAUCGCGCGUUCAUCAAAGUCAUUCUGCCCGAAUGGUAUCUGGAUGAGAUUCAUAAACGCCUGGGUGAAGUUUUAGAAAAUACUUUUCAACCUCUGAACGACUACGUCUGCGAACUACGCAACAAGUUUAACGUCGUGUUUGAUCCGGAAACUCGUGAAAAUAUCAUCGCCUAUGUUAGCACAGGACAUUCGUUUCAAGAAUGUUUAGCUAAAGUGGAAGGUUUUAAUCGAUUCAUUCAGGAAAUAAAUGGCAUGCCGGAUCAUGAGUACUUUUCUACGGGAACGAUUCAGCAAGUCGCCGCUAAAGCAGGUCUUCUUCACUACACGGAAGAAGUGCGUAAAUUGAUCAUCGAACAAUUGGUUAACACACAUCGAAAUUAUAACCUCGAAAUUUGCAAAACGUUCGAAGGUAUAAGGGAACGUGCCAUGUACGUACCCAACACAACCAAAGAAUUAUUAGAAGCAGGCGAAUACAUGAUAAUGGCGGCCUCAACGGUAAUGAAAUCGUUAGAAGAGCAAAUCACCUUCUCGCUGCGUAUGAUGGCCUCGUUGAUCGAAAUGACUACAUUGACAAAAGACCACAUAGAGUUAAACAACACCACCGUACACUGGUUAACGCGAAUAAGGCCGAUAUUCGAACAAAAUAGCGCCGCGUACGAGCAGACGAAAUUCGAACUGGAAGAGAAGCUCCACAAGACGAUUGAAAAUCUGAACGCGGACGUUGAAAAUAUGUUCCCCAGGUUAGAAAUAAUGAACGAUAUGGACGACGCUAACCGCAUACACGAGUACAUCGAGUACAUGCGGAAAUUCGCGAGAGACUUGGAUCGCAUGGACGACAGAGUAAAAGAGAUCAACGACGAGGAGGAACUUUUCCAAUACGCCGUCUCCCAAUAUCCGCGAAUCAAAGAGCUGAAGAAUAAUAUAAUGCCGUUUUACGAACUGAUUUAUCGCGGGUAUCAGUGGCAGAGGCAUCGCAACGUCUGGUUGGACGGACCCUUCGAGUAUUUGGACUCGUACGAAAUCGACAAUAAGGCCACUGAUUAUUUUGCUGAGUUUAAUAAGAUUAGCAAGCGAUAUAAGACGAGCAUAAAGAUGGACCUCGCGACGAAUUAUCCGUAUUGUUUCAUAGGGUCUCCAGACGACCCAGAUCCAUAUCAACAGCCGGCACCGUUGAACCUCUGCUAUCAACUCAUCGAGGACGUGAAAUGGUUCAAGUACUACAUACCGCUGUUGACGGUGUUCCGGAACCCUGCCUUACGCCAGGCUCACUGGGACGACAUGUCGGUCAUAGCCGGCUUUGACCUCACCCCCGACGCUGGAACGACUUUCCGGAAGAUCAUGAACAUGAAUCUAAUGGAGGAUCUGGAAAAGUACGAAAUGAUAAGUACGAGUGCAACGAAGCAACUGAUGCUAGAGGAGCUGCUUGCGAAGCUGAUCAGCGAAUGGGACGGCGUGAUAUUCAGCACGGUGCCGUACAAAGACUCCGGAGUGAAUAUUUUAACGCAACUGGACGAUAUUCAGGGUCUGUUGGAAGAGCAGAUCGUGAAGGUCCAAGCAAUGAGGGGCUCAGCGUUCGUGAAACGCAUCGAAGAGGAGGUGAAGGAGUUUUACGCUCUUCUGCUUCGAAUACGGUCAACCAUCGACGAGUGGAUCAAAGUACAAGUACAAUGGAUGUAUUUGCUGCCGAUCUUCUCGAGCAGAGAUAUCGUGGCACAACUGCCAGAAGAGGAAGUACUGUUCGUUCAAGUGGACAGAAUAUUUCGCAGCGCGAUGAGCGGCGUCUCCAGGGAUCCUCGUGUUCGAGAGACCGCUGGCUCUGUGGGACUUUUAGAAAUCAUGGAAGAAGCGAACACGUUGAUGGAGAAGGUCAACGACGGGGUGUUGAAUUACUUGGAGAAAAAGAGACUGUUCUUCCCGCGUUUCUUCUUCUUAAGCAACGACGACAUGCUGGAAAUUCUGUCCGAGACGAAGGAACCCCUUCGCGUUCAACCGCAUCUUCGCAAGUGCUUCGAGGGGAUACACAAGUUGGGAUUCAGCGAAGAAAUGGACAUAUUUUCCAUGUUUAGCGAAGAUGCCGAAGAAGUGAAUGUCCAGGAACGUAUCUCGACCACCGCAGCGAGAGGUUGCGUGGAACGGUGGCUCGUUCAAGUGGAGGAGCAAAUGGUGAAAUCCGUGAGGCACGAAAUCCUGAUGAGCUAUCUAGACUACGAGGUAAACCAGCGUAACGUCUGGGUGCGCAUAUGGCCCGGGAUGGUUGUCCUCUGCGUCGCGCAAAUUUACUGGAGCAUGCAAGUGCAGAACAGCCUCAUGACUCACAUAGCUUCAACGAUGGAAGCGCUGCACGCGAAGCUCAGACUCCAAAUUCUGGACAUGGUGGACCUGGUCAAAGGACAGUUGUCGAAGCAGAAUCGCACCACGUUGAACGCUCUUAUUACGCUCGACGUUCACGCUAUGGACGUGGUGAAGGUGCUGAUCGACAAGAAAAUCAGGAGCGAAAUGGAUUUCGAGUGGUUGGCGCAGCUACGCUACUAUUGGGAGGACGACGUGUUCGUUAGGAUCAUAUACACGACGGUAUCGUACGCGUACGAGUAUCUGGGGAACUGUCCUCGGCUCGUUAUUACUCCUUUAACGGACAGAUGUUACCGCACGUUAAUCGGUGCGUACUCCCUGCACCUGAACGGAGCACCAGAAGGACCCGCCGGCACCGGUAAAACAGAAACAACAAAGGACCUGAGCAGAGCAAUCGCCGUGCAGUGCGUAGUGUUCAACUGCUCAGAAGGUCUGGACUACAAGAACAUGGGAAAGUUCUUCAAAGGUCUCGCCUCGUGCGGCGCAUGGUCCUGCUUCGACGAGUUCAAUAGAAUCGAGCUGGAGGUGCUGUCGGUAGUCGCGCAGCAGAUCCUCUGCAUCGUGCAAGCCGUCCGCGGCAAACUGGAAACGUUCGUGUUCGAAGGCACCGAGUUGCGGUUAAAUCCCGCCGUUUACGUCUGCAUCACGAUGAACCCCGGCUACGCGGGUCGCUCGGAGCUGCCCGACAACCUGAAGGUGCUCUUCCGGACCGUGGCAAUGAUGGUCCCCGACUACGCCAUGAUAGCCGAGAUAUUUCUCUACUCGUCCGGCUUCAGCACUGCCCGCGAACUCUCCACGAAAAUCGUCACGACGUACAAGCUGUGCUCGGAGCAACUGUCCACGCAGUCUCACUACGACUACGGCAUGCGAGCGGUGAAGACGGUCCUGACGGCCGCUCAGAACAUCAAACUGCAAUUUCCUGAAGAAAACGAAGCGGUGCUGCUGCUCAGAUCCGUCAUCGACGUGAAUCUGCCGAAAUUCCUGGCCCAUGACGUCCCGCUUUUCCAAGGCAUAGUCUCGGACUUGUUCCCUGGCCUCGAGCUCCCCACGCCCAGUUACGACGUGCUGCUCAGAGCUGUACGACAAGUGGCCGAUAAACGUAAUCUGCAAGCAGUGGACGGUUUCCUGCUGAAGAUCAUCCAGACGUUCGAGAUGAUGAUCGUCCGUCACGGAUUCAUGCUGGUCGGGGACCCGUUUGGCGGGAAGACUUCUGUCCUCCACAGUCUGGCCGAUGCUCUCACCUUGAUGCACGAGUGGGGCGACUCGAACGGAGCUGUCACGAAAUUUUUCACGAUCAACCCAAAGUCCAUAACGUUAGGACAGCUGUACGGCUUCUUUGAUCCGGUCUCAUCCGAAUGGACAGACGGAGUUUGUGCGGUCGCCUUCCGGAACUAUUGCACCGAAGACACCCCGGAUAGGAAAUGGAUCAUUUUCGACGGACCCGUGGACGCCAUCUGGAUCGAGAAUCUCAACACCGUCCUCGACGACAACAAGAAACUCUGCUUGACGUCCGGAGAGGUGAUGCAAAUGUCCGGCGUGAUGUCGAUGAUCUUCGAAGCGAUGGAUCUAAUGCACGCCUCACCGGCUACCGUGUCCCGUUGCGGGAUGAUUUACAUAGAGCCACGGGUCCUAGGCUGGAAACCGUUCUUCCAGUCCUGGUUGAAAAACCUGAACCCUCUGUGGACACAAGGCAGCGAGGAAUGCAUCAUCCGACUGUUCGACUGGCUGAUCGAUCCUUGUCUAGAUUUCAUCCGCAAGAGAUGCCGCGUGACCAUCAACGCCGGCCAGAUUCACCAAGUGGUGUCGACCAUGAACCUCUUCGAGAUGCUGAUGGAAGACCCGGUCGAACAGAACCCGAAGACGUUCGACCAGUUCCUGUUACCCUGGCUGCAGGCUACCAUGUUGACUGCCAUAGUCUGGGGCGCAGCGGGUACCCUCGACUACGACUCCCGGAUUAUGUUCAACGACUUUUAUCUGAGCUUCUGGAAGAACGAGCAGACGGAGCACCCGCUGCCGGAGAUCCUCGUCGAGUCCUUGAUUUCCUUACCGACGGAGGACCCCAUCCACGACUGCUUUUACACGUACAGAGGACGGGGUGCAUGGAGACGCUUCUCUGACGUGGCCAGGCAGGAGGAGUUCCAGGAAACCCACAGCAUCGUGCAGAUGAUGGUUCCCACCGUCGACACCGUGAAGUAUCAGACGCUGUUCCUCAUGCAUGUACGUCGUCGUAAGCGCUUCCUUCUGUACGGAGAGACCGGCACCGGCAAAAGCUUCUACAUAAUGGACCUCAUGAUGAACAAGCUGAGCGAGAAGGAGUACCUCCCGAAUUUCAUAACGUUCACGCCGAACAUAACAGCCGCACAGACGCAGGAGUUGGUCGUACUGAAGCUGUACAAGAGACGCAGGAACCAGUUCGGUCCUCUAGCUGGCACGCGGUGCAUCGUCUUCAUCGACGAUGUUAACAUGCCAGCGAAGGAGGUGUACGGCUCGCAGCCGCCCAUCGAGCUCCUCCGUCAGUUCUUCGACCACGAGGUUUGGUUCGACCUGAGGAAGCCGGAUAAGAUUUACAUAUUCGAUACCAUGUUCAUCUGCGCCAUGGCUCCGCCGGGUGGCAGCAGACAGGAGUUGUAUCACCGGUUCCUGCGGCAUUUCAAUCUGUAUAAUAUUAGCAACUUCACGGAGGAGACCGUCACGCGGAUCUUCACGAACAUCGCGUUCGUAGGCCUGCAGCGGAACGGUUUCACCACGGCGGUCAUGUCGAUCAUCAUGGAGAUCGUCCGCGCCACUAUCAACAUCUUCCAGAACGCCCGAGCGGAGCUCAGACCGACACCGGCUAAGUCUCACUAUUUAUUCAACCUGCGCGACUUCGCCCGAGUCAUCACGGGAUGUACUAUGAUCAAGGAGGAGUCUGUCGAGUCCAAGACGGACUUCACGAAGCUGUGGGUGCACGAGAUCCUGAGGGUGUUCGGGGACCGGUUGAUAGACAAGGACGACAGACAGUGGCUCUUCCUGAAGAUCAAGGAGGUGGUCGAGAGUAAUCUGAAGGAGAACUUCAACACGGUGUUCGACUACCUGCCGAAGUUCGGGGACCGAUUAACGGAGGAGAGUUUGCGGAGUCUGAUAUUCGGGAAUUUUAUGGACGUCGACUUGAUGCCCGCGGAUCGUCGUUACGAAGAGGUGAAAUCGAUGGACGAGUACACGGAGGUGGCGAUCUCUUACUUGGAGGAUUACAACCUCACUAACAGGCGGAAGAUAGACAUUGUACUGUUCCGGUACGCUCUGGAGCACCUCGCGAGGAUUUGCCGCAUCCUGGUGAUCCCCUGCGGCAGCUUGUUGAUGGUCGGCGUGGGAGGGUCCGGAAGACAAUCGUUGACCAAGCUGGGUGCCAGCAUGGUCGGCCACGGACUCUUCCAACCGGAAAUCGGUAGCACCUACGGGCUUCAAGAAUGGCGAGACGACAUAAAAAAGGUGCUGAUAAAUUCCGGUGGCCAGGGCAAGGACCAUGUGUUCCUAUUGACCGAAGGACAAAUCAAGAGCGACAUCUUCCUGAACGACGUGGACAGCUUGCUGAACUCCGGCGAAGUACCGAACCUGUUCACCAUAGAGGAAAACCAGGAGAUCAUCGAGGCAACGCGGUUGGCCGCUCAAGGCGGCAAUCGUAAUUUGGACAUAUCGGUGCUGGCAGUCCUAGCUUUCUUCGUGAACCGGUGCAAGGAGAAGCUGCACAUCAUGCUCUGCUUCAGCCCGAUCGGAGACACCUUCAGGAUCAGACUUCGGCUUUAUCCUAGCCUCGUGAACUGCUGCACGAUCGACUGGUUUGAUGUGUGGCCGGAGGACGCUCUGGAGCAGGUAGCGCUUCGGAGUACUACAGACAUUAAUGUCGAGGAACAGGUGAAGGUAAACGCUGUGACCGCGUGCAAGUUCUUCCACGUUUGCGCCAAGGACGUCAGCGCGAGGUUCUUCAACGCUACCGGGAGAAAGACGUACGUUACCACCGCUGGGUUCCUGGACCUCAUACGUACGUACGCGGAGCUGAUGGAGGAGAAGCAACAAGAACUUCGUCUUGCUAGAGACCGAUACAUAAACGGUUUGGACAAACUGGAGUUCGCAGCGCAGCAAAUUGGCCAGAUGAAGAUAACCCUCUCGCAGCUGAGGCCGCAACUAGAAGCAUCCGCCAAAGAAACCACCGAGACGAUGAAGAAGAUCGAGACCGAGAACGUGAGCGUCGCGAAGGCGAGGAUUCUGGUGAAGAGAGACGAGGACAUGGCUAACGUCCAGGCCGAACUCGCGAAAAAUUUGAAAACGGAGUGCGAAGCGGAUUUGGCAGAAGCUCUUCCCGCUCUGGAAGAGGCGAUAGCGGCCCUAAACACGUUAAAACCGGCGGACAUAGCGGUUGUACGAACGAUGAGGAGCCCUCCCGCAGGAGUGAAGCUCGUGAUGGCGGCAGUGUGCGUGAUGCUGGGUAUACCCCCGGCUAGAAUCGAGGAUCCUACUACUGGUAGAAAGUUCAACGAUUAUUGGGGGCCUAGUAAGCGUUUGUUGGGAGAUAUGAGGUUUCUGGAGACCUUACGGCAGUAUGACAAAGAUAAUAUUCCUCCUAAUGUGAUACAGGAAAUCAAGACAACCUACUUGACGAAUAAAGACUUCGAGCCGAAAGUGGUAGCGAGAGCGUCAUCCGCAGCUGAGGGCCUCUGCAAAUGGGUGAGAGCGAUGGUGCUGUACGACCAAGUGGCGAAAGUGGUGGCGCCAAAGAGAGCAAAACUGGAAGCAGCACAGAGCGACUACGAGAACACCAUCAAAUUCCUAAACGAGAGGCGCGAGAUGCUCGCCCAGUUAACUGAGAGGCUGAACAUUCUUCAUCAAAGCUUGCAAGCGAUCCUCGCGAAAAAAAUCGAACUGGAGAACGAGGUGACAAACUGCAGGAAUAAACUGAUACGUGCAGAGAAAUUAAUCAGCGGUUUAGGCGGAGAGAAAGACCGCUGGAUGACUGCUGCAGCGAACUUACAGAAAUCUUACGACGCGCUGCCGGGCGACAUUUUAAUUUCCUGCGGUAUGAUAGCGUAUUUGGGACCGUUCACCACCAGCUACCGCGAGGAGAGCUUGAACAAGUGGAUAAGCUACGUGAAGAACUUGAAGAUACCGUACUCGGACAAUUACGAUUUCGUCGAGGUACUUGGAACCGAGAUAAAAAUUAAUUCCUGGAAUAUAUUUGGACUGCCACGGGACUCGUUCUCCACCGAGAACGCCAUCAUCAUGGACAACUCGAAGCGGUGGAGUUUGUUUGUUGAUCCUCAGAGUCAAGCGAACAAGUGGAUUCGAAACAUGGAGAAGCAGAACAAACUUGAAAUCGUCAAACUGACCGACGCGAAUUAUAUGAACAUUAUAGAGCAAGCUCUAGAGUACGGAAAACCGGUGAUGAUAGAAAACGUCGGUGAAGAGCUGACGCCACCGCUUGACCCGAUAUUAACGAAGGCGAUAUACAGAAUGGGCGCCUUCUGGCACAUCACGCUCGGCGAGAAAGUGAUAGAGUACAAUUUGCGGUUCAGACUGUACAUCACAACCAAGCUACGCAAUCCGCACUACUUACCGGAAGUCUUCAACAAAGUGACAAUAAUUAAUUUCGCGUUAACGAUCGACGCCCUGGAGGAUCAGCUACUGGGUAUCGUGGUGGCGAAAGAGAGGCCCGAUCUGCAAGAGAAGCGGGAGUAUUUGAUUAUCCAGAGUGCAGCGAACAGAAAGGCCUUGCAACAGGUCGAAGACAACAUCCUGAAGACGCUGUCCGCGUCAGGCGCCAGUAUUUUAGAGGACGAAGAGGCUAUAGAGAUUCUGGACUCGUCGAAGAUCUUGUCGGCCGACAUUUUGAAGAAACAAUCCGCAGCGAAGAAAACGGAAAUACAGAUCGAUAAAUUCAGAAUGAAUUAUAAACCCAUCGCGAAGCACAGUUCUGCUCUUUACUAUACCAUCACGGACCUGCCCAACAUCGACCCCAUGUACCAAUACUCUUUGGCCUGGUUCAUCAACUUGUACGUGACGUCCAUCGACACCGCGAACAGGAGUAACGUGCUUGAAAGGAGGCUCGCGUUCUUGCGAGAAACUUUCACUUACAAUCUGUACCAGAACGUUUGCAGAUCACUGUUUGAAAAAGACAAGGUCCUGUACUCGUUCAUUCUGUUCACGACGAUCCUAGCAUCGGAGAACGCGAUCACGAAGGAAGAGAUAAUGUUCUUCUUAUCCGGAGGCGUCGAACUAGCUGCAGCUCCAAGGAAUCCGGCAUCCUCCUGGCUUCCGGAUAAAUCAUGGGGCGAGAUUUGUAGAUCAAACGUUUUGCCGAGCUUCGCUAACUUCCAAGACAGUUUCGUCCGCAAUCAAAGCGCGUGGAAGAAGUACUACGAUUUGCUGAAUCCUGAAGAUUCACCGAUACCGGAACCUUGGCAAACGACUCUGACUCCUUUCCAGAAACUGAUCGUCACGAGAAUAAUCCGAACGGACAAAGUGAUGAUCAUGAUACAACGGUUUGUCAGAGAUGGAAUGGGUUUGAAUUUUAUUGUACCACCGCCGUUCGACAUUGCCAAAUCCUUCAGCGACUCCAGCUCACUGAUACCGCUGAUCUUCAUAUUGUCCCCCGGUUCCGAUCCGAUGGAAGCUCUAACGAAACACGCGGAGACUUCCAACUUCAUGGAGAGAUUUCACUCGAUCUCUCUGGGUCAAGGCCAAGGGCCGAUCGCCCAGAAAUUAAUCGAGAAAGCACAGAGCGACGGCGAGUGGGUGUGCUUGCAGAAUUGUCAUUUAGCUGCCUCCUGGAUGCCCACGUUAGAAACCAUCUGCGAGAAGCUCGAUCCUUCGAACACGCACUCCAACUUCCGUCUUUGGUUGACUAGUUACCCAUCCGAACACUUUCCGAUCACCAUCUUGCAAAAUGGAGUCAAAAUGACCAACGAACCACCGAGUGGAUUGCAAAAUAACAUCAUGAGGUCAUAUAAGGCCGAGGCAGCCAGAGAUGCAGAUUACUUCGACAACGAUCCCAGGAAAAGGCGAGCCUACUCUAAACUGCUUUAUGCGUUGUGCUUCUUUCAUGCCGUGGUGCAGGAAAGACGGAAUUAUGGGGCACAGGGGUGGAACAUCCGAUACGGUUUCAACGAAUCCGACCUUCAAAUAUCCGCUCAGCAGCUGCAACUGUACAUACGAGAUUACGAUGAGGUGCCUUUCAAAGCGAUUGUAUAUUUAACCGGAGAAUGCAAUUACGGCGGGAGAGUGACCGAUGACAUGGAUCGGAGAUGUUUGAACACGAUACUGGAAGAUUUCUACAAUCAAGAUGUAAUUACAGAUCUGAAUUACUCUUUCGCGGAUAUUGGUCCUGAAUAUGCUCUUCCGAGAAGACACGAGUACGAAGACUAUAUUAAGCAAAUCCAAGGAAUUCCUUUAAAUCCACCUCCAGAAGUAUUAGGGUUGCACAUGAACGCGGGUAUCACGCGGGAUCUUGAAUUAGCAAAUAAUUUCUUUCUGUCUAUGCUGCUGAUACAAGGAGCGAUUGCGGUAGGCGAUACUUCCAAGCAGGAUGAAAUGCUGUUGAAUAUGAAGAAAGAUAUGUACGAUAGAAUGCCUGAGUUAUUCGAUAUUGAAGAAGCGCAGAAACAGUAUCCCGUCAUGUACAUGGAGUCUAUGAACACCGUUCUGAUACAAGAGCUGGAAAGGUUUAAUGUUCUUCUGAGAGAAAUUCGACGGUCCCUCGAGUUUCUGGAAAAAGCAGUGAAAGGACUGAUAGUGAUGACGCCUGAUUUAGAGGUUUUAGCUUUCAAUAUACUGAACGCGAGGAUACCGCCAUCUUGGGUGAAAGCGUGCGCUUAUCCGAGUUUAAAACCGUUGCCAAAUUUCAUCACCGACCUUCUGGCUCGAUUAAAAUUCUUUCGUCAAUGGUUAACGGAGGGCAUACCACAAACGUUUUGGAUAUCUGGAUUCUCGUUUAUUCACGCUUUCCUUACGGCAACCACACAGAACUUCGCAAGAAAAUACAAGAUACCUAUUGAUAGAAUUGAUUUCGAUUUUGAGGUACUCCCCGCGUACCAACUGGAUUCUUCGCCUGCAGAUGGCGUUUACGUUUACGGAAUGUACUUGAUCGGUGCAAGGUGGGACAUACAGAGCAUGUUGCUUGCAGAAAGUCACCCGAAAAUACUCUGGGAUCUUAUUCCUAUUAUAUGGAUGAAACCUUGCAAAGUAGAUUUGAUUUAUGUAAAACAGCGAUACAAGUGUCCUCUUUAUAUAACAUCUGCCCGUUUUGGUGUUCUGAAAACAACCGGGCAUUCAACGAAUUAUGUAUUGUCUCUUCUUCUGGAUUCUGAUUACCCUUCCCGACAUUGGAUUAAAAGAGGGCUGGCCUUAAUUUGUCAACUCGACAACUGAAGGUCACUGAAGCUCUGCUUUUUUAUCAUUCUAAUCGAAAUACACAUCGCUACAUGUGAUGACACUUCGUAAAUAUAUCACAAUUCGCUAGAUGGCACUACGGUCCGUUUUCAUAUGGAUUUUGAACAUUCCAACUACUAAUGGCGAUAACGGUAUUUAAUAAAUAAUAAAGCUUGUGCUGAUGUAUAGAUGUAAUAAACAAGACUAUUUAAAUUUGUUAGUUGUUUUAUUACCUCGUUAUGUUUAAUAUAUUACAAUCUACGACAUAAGAGAAGAAUUAGUAUUGAUCACGUUUGUACUUUUUAUACACAUUUUUAUUUAUAUCUCAUCUUUUAAGAAAAGUAAAUAUGUAUUUUCAUAUGUAUAUAAAAAUGUAAAU